AUGACCCGAGUGGACCCAUACCCAGGACCAGUUACAGUACAAUUGAACAAGUUGUUGGCAUGGCUCCCAUUCACAUACAACCGGUGUGGAUGGCAAAGGAGACAGAGUAAUGCUAUGAAUAAUGAUGAUAGCUGUGGUUAUCAGAGGAGAUGGGAUCAUCAAGGCCCCCAGGGCUACUAUCUAGCCCCUCCAUUGCCGCAUGAGCUCCCAGAUGUUAAUGAACUAGAGUUUGAAGUGAAGGUACUCUUUGCCUCUGACGAGCAGUGCGCUGCAUGGAUGGCACGAGCAAUUGGCGAGGAGAUUACGACUAGAAUUGAAAACGAAAAGCGGAUGGGGAUAAGGCGAGAGCAGGAUGGCUGGCAGGACCGGGAAGAAUGGGUUUGGAGAGAUUGGUUAAAUGAGCAAGAUAGUACUCAUGAGCGGUUCCUGACUUCCUUUCAAUUGUUCAAUCCGUUUUCGAUUCAGCUGAUCUUGUCAUUAUGUUCGCUAAAGGAAUUUAUAGCUAUGGAACAUAAAGAACGCGUCAAGGCCGUAGGGAAAUUUAUUGAUUCGAAAGUAUUGAAAAUAUUUAAUAAGGCCAUAACCACACCUUUAAACUGA